UAGACGGUGGCCGGAAAAGGACAAUGGUUUCCAUGUGAGCGGGUAAACGCGCUCACCUUAGCUCCUGCACGGGAGGAAGAAUGUUGUAGGGUGUGUGUGCUGAGGAACGAGGAAGCAGCUAAGGAACCCAGUGCCCGAUAGAGCGAGAGCCAUGCCGCGCCGGGGCCUAGUGGCUGGGCCAGAGUUUGAGUGCUUCCAGCGUCGCUAUUUCACGCCGGAAGAAGUCGCCAGACAUAACCAGCCCGAAGACCUUUGGGUGUCUUACCUGGGAUACGUGUACGACCUAACGCCGUUGGCUCAGGAGUACAAGGGGAGCCUGCUGCUGAAACCCAUCGUGGAAGUUGCAGGCCAGGACAUCAGCCACUGGUUUGAUCCAAACACCAGAGACAUCCGCAAGCACAUAGAUCCCCUGACUGGUUGCCUGAGGUACCGCACCCCGCGGGGCCGUUUCGUUCACGUCCCACCUCAUCUGCCCCGAUCGGACUGGGCCAAUGAUUUUGGGAAGCCCUGGUGGAAGGGGUCGCAGUACGAGGUGGGGAAGCUGUCUGCCAAGACCCGGAGUAUUCGCAUCAUUAACACGCUCACGUCGCAGCAGCACAUACUGGAGGUGGGGGCUCUGGAGUCAAUGUGGGAAAUCCUACACCGCUAUCUUCCUUAUAAUGCACAUGCUGCCAGCUACACGUGGAAAUAUGAAGGGAAGAACCUGAACAUGGAUCAUACCCUGGAAGAGAAUGGGAUCCGGGAUGAGGAGGAAGAAUUUGACUAUCUCAAUAUGGAUGGUACACACUACAUACCUGCAAUAUUGCUCUACUUCAAUGAUGACCUCACAGAACUAUAGGAAAGGAGCUGUAUGCUUGUAUGGAUUAAGACAUAAUUUGAGUUUGCCUUUUUCUGUCCUUGAACAAAAGAGGUGAGGGAGUGCGGUUCCUGGAUUUAGACCUCUUUUCCCCUCUGGGAACUAGACUGUAGUUCCCAUGCCCUUCUGAAGUAUUAGCCUUAUUCUCCAGCUCCCUUCUGAUUUGCUCUGAGAAAAUUAGGGAGAAUGUUAGAAGUGAAUUAAUUAGUCUUAAGAAUGACACAAGAAGACACAGUAUCUUGGAUAGGGAGAUGUAGGGGAGAAGAGUUAAAUGGAGCUCAGGCAGAAUGUGAUGUAAGAAAAGAAAUCCUACACAAGGAUGAGGGAUAGAAGAACAUUUUUGGCAAUGGUGGAAAUGGGAUGGCUGUAGGAAGAUGGGAUUUACAAAGACAGGAGUAGGAAAUGACUAUCAUUGACCAUAAAAAACUGGCUUAUCUCCUUUUUUCUUUUCUUUUUUUAAAUUUUUGUUUCCGCAUUUUGUAUUGGUGCAUUGUUGGUGUACAUAAUGAUGGAUUUGUUGUUACAUAUUCAUACAUGCACACAAUAUAACAAUGUAAUUUGGCUAUUAUCACUCCCUAGCACUUACCCACUUCUUCCCUCCUUAUCUCCUUCUUAGAAGAGUAUUUAGCAGCUCAAACUCAAGGGAAAGAAAGGAAAUAAAUUGUUAUCAGAUAACCCAGUCAAGAUAUUAUAAUGGGUACUUUAUUCAUCUUCUUUAUUAUAGCUACCCCAUAAAGUGAAUACCAUUAACACCAUUUCCCAGAUAAGUCUUUUGAAACUUAGAGGUAUUCAUUAGGACAGAGGCAUAUUAGUCACCAUCAGAGCUGGGAUGCAGAUCCAAGCCUGCCCAACUCCAAAGGCUAUGUUCUUUUCAGUGUAAAGGAACUCUCUCAAUCUCAAACUUCAUUGUAACAUUUUUAACUGCUGCCCACAGACCAAGUAUUUGGGUUUGUUGCACAAUGAGAAAUUCUUGGCCUAUUGAGUAUCAGCAGUUACUGUGUUGGGAAGGAGUUAAUCAGCAGAGUACUCCAGAGGCAAAGAGGAGGCUGGGAAAACCUCCUCUUUAGCAAUAGCUAUUGAGGCUGCUUCUUGUUCAAUCCAUAGCAAAAUUUCUCUUCUGAUUUUAUUGAGGCAAAGAAAUGGGUAUUUAUUAACUCCUAGAAAAACUAGAGUAGGAAAGGGGCCUGUAGAUUGGGACAUUUUGGUGAGGGAGCACAACAGAGGCAUCUUUUUCACCUGUGGACCUUUCCACUUAGAGGAAGACAGGGUUGAUUUUGAAGGAUUGUGAUUCCAAAAAAGGUCACUUGACAGGGGACAUGUAAAGAAAGGAACUAAGUAAGGCAGACAACUUCUAAUGACCAAAAGAGAACCAACAGGGAACAAUGGCUAGAUUUCAUCCCUUUUAACCUAAGCAGGGGAGGGAAAUGGAGAAUAACAGACAGGUGAACUUACUGGCAGCACCAGGCAAAAAAUGUACCAGGGAAAGUUUAGUACAUCUUCCUGGCUGGGGGCCUGAAUCCAGCUCAGAGGAAGGUGGUCUCGAGAGACAUUGGGUGGGCUGCAUAGAAGGGCUGUGAGAAGUAUGAACAAAGAUGGGGAUAUCCCUUUUGGCUUCAGCUUCUGAAUUCACUAGAAUUUGAGGGACUCUAGUCCCAUGGAAUGAAAGAAUCCAUGAAUUAUCUAGAUCAAUCAUUGUGAUAUUUAAUCAACUCUGCAAUGAUCUCAUUUGUACCUUGUUUGCUCAACUAAACCUAAAUUAUUUGAGAAUCCAAGUUAUGCUGUUCCUCUCAUUGCCAGCUUCAAAGCCUGUGCCUACAGUAUGUGCUUAUUUUGCCUAAACUUGUCCCUCUUCCAGAGUAUCCUACUUUAGUACCUCUUGCCAGAAACACAUGCCUUUCUUCAUGUACCCAGACAGUCACCAAGUAGAUUCUAUCUGCUAAAUAUUGCUGGAAUCCACCUUCUUUUCUCUUGAGUUACCAUGAUUUGUUUAGACUGCUGGGCAAACUUCCUAACCUGUCCUUGCAUUUCCACUUCUGCCUUCUACAUUCUGUCAUCAGAGUGAGCUCUGAUAAACAAACCUCAACAUCUCACUUUCCUGCCUCAGAUAUUUCAGUGGCUUCCAUUUACUUUUGUUGUUGUUGUUGUUGUUUUUGUUUUAGUUGUAAGUGGACACAAUACCUUUAUUUUUACAUGGUGCUGAGGAUCAAACCUAGGGCUCUACGUGUGCUAGGCGAGCGCUCUACCACUGAGCCACAACCCCAGACCUUCUAUUUGCUUUUGGAAUAAAGCUGUAAUUUCAAAGACCCUGUAUAAAUCAGACCCAGCCUACCUUGCAUGUCUCAUCUCAUAAUAUAUCUCUUGGUUGCCUGUGCCUCACACACACUGGCUGGCCUUCAUAUAGUGUCUUGUCUCUACUCACCAUACCUUUCCUUCCAUUUUUUACUUUGGCUCAUCCUAAAUGUUUCUUCCUUAGGGAGUCCUUUUCUGAUUUCUCAGUAUAGGUCAAGACCUUUUGUUAAGUCUUCUCAGCACCAUGCAAUUUUUCAGUGUUUUUAUAACUUUUGUAAAAUUAUGGAUGUUACUGGCUGGCUGACUGCUAGACUGUAAGCUCAUGGAGGCAGAGAUCUUAUAUAUUUGUUCUUUGCUGUAUUCUCAUUGCUGGGCAUAUAGUUGCUGUUCAAUAAAUGCUGAUUGAAUGUA